CGAUGGAGGUGAGCACCCAAGGCGGCGCUCCCAGCAUGAGCGAACUGCGGGGUCUAGGCGGCACGGCGAUCGAGCCCUUCGAACGACCCGUGCUCAGCAAGGAGCAGGUGUACGCCAAGUUUCCACACCUUGCCGGAUUGUCCACGCCUAUGUCCCUGCAAUCGGUGCAGGUCUCUGGCCAUAGCGAGCCGCCAGUCCCCGAGAGCACCUUCAACGAGAAGACCAAGAAGGACGGGAGCCUCGUGUCCUCUGUGACUGAGCGCAGCUGCAAGCCCCGUCAAACACGCAGUGCUUCGGGCUCGGUCAGGCACGUGGUCCUGUGUCCCAAGAUGGACGACAGCAAAGGGCCUCAGGCAGCUGAUGCUGCACCAUGUGAGGAAGGCUGUCCUUGCGAUGACAGUUGUGCCAGCAGGGAGCAACUUUUUGGCGUCAGCUUACCGUGGAGCAGCGUGGGCAGUUCAUUGGAUGCACUCCUGUCCGUGCCUGUCGACGCCAAGGUGUACGACUGUUCCUCGAGCAGGACGGAGACAUCGCUUAAGGCGGCAAAUGAGCUUCACCUUCCCGUCGACAAAUUUCAGCGCUAAACCACUUCAAGGCUUAGCAAAGUGGCGACGGAUGAAAGACAUUAGAGUUUUACUGCGAUUUAUAAUAUACGCCA